AGUGGCGAUCACCCGGGAUCAGGAAGAAGUCUGGGAUACUGCCAAAACCCAGAGAGUCGUGUGGACUGGAGCAAGGAGGGGAAGUGCAGUCCAUGUGCAGACACUGCAUCCAGGUCUACCUGUCUGAGAAGACUGUGACAGACUACUCCAUUGUGUUCUUCCUUCCUUCUGAAGUCAUUCACUUGCACAUACUGCCCUUGGACUCUCAUGUGAAAUAACACUAAAAGAUCAACCUUGCAAACCAGUGAUUGUAGCACUCAUUUAAAAUGUAUCUCAGGUAUUUUUAAUUUAUCUCAGUGGAAAUCCAGUGAUUGCACCCAUUUUUCCAACUAAUUAUUUCUCGACAUGUUUCACCGAUGACCCCUGCUGUGUCUUAAUGCUCUGGAAUAUUUGAGUAAAGAAAUAUCAGGUCUGUGACUGCUCAGUGGGAACAAGUUAUUGCUGGCACCUGAGAUAUGGCAGUGAGCAGUGUAAAGUCCAUGUACUGGGAAAGUUUCCCUCCAAUGCCUACCAAGCGUGUGUACUGCACUCCGGUGUAUCAGGAUAGGCAGUUGUUUGUUCUUGGGGGCUGUAGUGAGACAGGAUUGCCUCUGGACAAACUUGAAAUGUUGGAUAUUGUCGGUCAGAAAUGGACAGGGCUACCCUCCAUGCCCACUCCUCGAGCUGGGGCAGCAGCUGUCAUUCUGAACAAACAAAUCCUCAUUAUUGGUGGCAUGAAUGAGGAGCAGAACCCCUUAGGCUCUGUAGACAUCUUUAACAUGGAUGAAGGCAAGUGGGAAAAAAAGGCACCACUGGGACAACCUUCAAUGGGAAUAACAGCUGUCAAGAAAGAUGGCAGAGUGUACGCUUUGGGAGGCAUGGGUUCUGAUGCAGCUCCACAAGCUCUGGUACGUGUAUAUGAACCAACCAGGGAUCAUUGGCAACCCCUACCACCGAUGCCAACACCACAGUAUGCAGCCUCUUCUUUCAUCAAGGGCAAUAAAAUCUAUGUUCUAGGAGGAAGACAGGGCAAACUACCCGUGACCGCUUUUGAAGCCUUAGACUUGGAAACAAAGAGCUGGACCAAAUAUCCCAGCAUUCCUACCCGCCGUGCAUUUGCUAAUUGCGCUAUGACUGAGAAAUGCUUUUAUAGCCUUGGAGGUCUUCAGCAGCCUGGGCCUCACAACUUCUACUCCAGGCCACAUUUUGUCAAUACUGUCGAAGUGUUUGACAUAGAACAAGGCAUUUGGACUAAACAGUCCCGUUCCUCUCGGAUGAAAGAGAAACGUGCAGACUUUUCUGUGGGCCACAUUGGAGGAAGAGUGAUUGUUGCUGGAGGUCUAGGAAACCAGCCCUCGCCACUUGGAUCAGUGGAAGGGUUCAAUCCAAACAAGAGGAAAUGGGAAAUUCUACCUGCAAUGAAUAAUCCACGCUGCUCUUGUUCCAGUCUCCAAACUGACAACAUGCUCUUUGUGAUUGGUGGUGUGGCACAGGGACCAACUAAUGCUGUGGAGGCCUUGUGUGACCAAGAGAGUGUUUGAACACUUUAAAACAGCAAGCGUAUGGAUCAGUAUCUACUCAAGAACUUAGAAGCUUCUUGGUCCUGUCAGUGUUGUUUGAUUUCGGUAAAGAAUCUGUGUUGUCAGUGAAAGCUGUUAAAAUAUAUUUUGUGGUUCACAGACUUACAAGAAAAACUUAAACACAAAGAUGAUGUUUUCUCUUGAACUUCCACAAGAUACACAACUAUGGAUUAAUAAUAGAGAUGGGCUUAAGCAGUUAUAUCCAAUCACUUAUUCUAUUGACAUGUUUUCAAUCCAGGUGGAUAAAUUGUUAAUAGAAAGCAACAUUGGGAAAAAGUUCCUUUGUAUUGAUGAUAUUCCCUUGUGUCAGCAAUAGAUAUCAUCCUCCUUUCAAAAGACAGAUGCUAAAGAUUUGAAGUCAAAACCUCAAGAUAGGAAAGUGAUGGCUACUUAGCAGCACUUUGUUACAGUCAGAGUUAGCAAUGGGACCAUGUUGACCAGUUUCAAUCUGUUAUUUGAAAAUUUGCAAGAAGAGUCUGGAUAAUGAUAAGGUAAUCCAUGGACUCUUAAGAUCUUUUGCAGCAGUUUACAUUAUUGUAGGUACAAUCUGAUAGUCGAACAAGUUAUUCUAAGUGUACAUUGUGUGUCCCAGAUUGAGCAAGAUCCAGGUGACAUUCCUGUGUUAAUCCCACUAAAAGUGCAGCAAGGUUUUUAUAUUGUUGAAGCAGUAGGAAUGCUGUGACAAUUUUGUAAUCAUGUUCUAACACUAAGUCAUUUAUAAAUUAUGUUUCUUUAAUAAUAUCAGAUCAAUGUAAGCAUUCUAGAGGACUGUUAUAUUAAUACAAGUGAAGUCAUAUAUUUGUGCUAUUCAAAUCCAAGCACAGAAAGCUUCUGCAGUACAGUAUAACAAGUGUACGCUUCCUAAUAAAGGAUAGUACACUUUAUAAGCGGUAUAUUAUAACACAAGUCCUACAUAAGAUUAGAUUCUAUCAAGAUCUUGGACUGUGAAGCUAUGAAAUGUUGUAAAGGCAGUAUGGCAAUUCAACACUUGGGUUCUUUAAGUUUAUUUAAUUGGUACCAAAUUAAGUGCUUUAAGUUUGCUGAACUGGUAUUCCAGAGUAUAAGAGAUUUUCCUGUAGUGGGUGCCACUUCUGAAAUGUAUACAAUAGUGCUGCAUUAAUAGCCAUAUUUUAAUAAUCCACGCUACUCUUGUUCCUGUGGUGUGGCACAGGGAACUAUUAAUGCAGUGGAGGCCUUGUGUGACUGAGAGAAUGUCUGAACACUUCGAAACACCACUUUGAAACAUAGCUACAUUGGUAUUGGAACAAUAUGGUCACUGCUGGAUUUCUAUAGUGAUUGUAAUAUCAGUUUUAAGUUCAACAGGGGAUCGGUACCACUACAGGACAAGUUCAUACUGUACCACUAGAAGUAAAUGUUCUACCAUAUGAACGAAUAUGAACCAUAUUAUGUUUCUACUUGAAGCUACAACUUCCAUGUCAAAUUUACCUGCAGAGCAGCAGAAAUAAUCAUAGUUCAGAGCAAGACUUUUGCUCUGUUCUAGCUCCAUCACCUCCAUCAUCACACACCUAGGACCUUUAUUUACCAAUUGAUUUCAUUAAAACAUUGGGCAACAACACAGCCGACUGAAUUAAAUUCAAGACUCUUGCUGAGUCUGCAGAAUAGUAGCCCAAAUGUCAGAGAAAGAUGGAGUGCCUGAUUGUUUAUAAAUAGUGUAAUUUAAUUUGGGUGAGUGAGGUUGCAUUACAUUCUGCGUCUCUCAUGUCACAGCAGUUUAAUACAUAACAGCGGCAAAUGGUGUUCCACAGAAGUGCCACAUCAGCUCAAGGAAGGAGUAUUCAAUAGCAUUGUUUGAAAUCAGUUUAAUGGUAGUUCCUCUAGCUGACACUGUGUAUAAGGAAGGGUUUUUUUUAAAGCUGUAUCACUCCAAUAAUCUAUUGUGAGGUUAUGUUGUUGCAUUUAAAAUACUGCAAAGUUCCUUUAGAGGUAAACGGAACUACUUCACUGUUUCAUUAACUAGCAUUGCCUUGUGAUGUUCAAAUGGUAUAAUUACCUCAGUAAAUUAUCAGUGCCACAUUUAUAGUGGUCUUUCUUUAGCACGAGUGAUGUUCUUAUAGACCUUACCCAGUCAAACUAUGGUUAGCUUCCUAUUAUAAAAUGAAAUCAAUAUAGUCACUAUGGAUUUCUUGUAAUAGUGUCACAAUUGAGGUGUCUUUUGGAGUCUUGCACUAGUGUAAUGAUGAUUAGUUAUUUUCCGAUUAUGGUAAUGCUACUUUAAAAAGUAAUGUUAUAAUAAUGAUGCAAUAUCAGUGUGAGAUAUUUUAGUUGUGGUACUGCAGUGUCAGUGAGGUUCCAUUUGCUGUAUCAUAUCAGUGUGACUCAUAUUCCUUCAAUAGUAUUGCAUCAGUGAAGCUAUGGAAGUUUCUUAUAAUAGUACAAGUUUCUAGCAAGUCUAUGUGAGCAUCAUCAGGGCUGUUAUCAGUGUAAAUGAAAUGUCAGGUUACUUUUGUAGGUAAUCAGUGUGUGUGGUGUCCAUAGAAAUGCAGCAUUAACAUUUCGUCGAGGUGCCACAUCGAGAUAAUUGAAGUGUUAAUGGUGGCAGUAGAUUAUCAUAACAAUAUAAUGUUCCUGAAGUUAAAUUUCUCCACUUUAACUUGCUUAGACAUCUAAGUUCAGACAGCAUCCUGCAGAACAGCACUGUGACCAUCUUAAUAGAUUUAGAGGAAGGUACCUCUAGUAUUAACACACAUAUAUGACUGUGAUUCCUGUAGUUGUAUUGCCCCAGUGCAAGUAAAGUGCUUACCAUAUCUUUAAAUCAGUUUGUAUACCAGUUUAUAUUUCUAUGGCUGUGUCAAACAACCCUGUAUAAGACUGAUAAAAGUAUCACUCAUAUAAACCUGUGAAGUCCAUAUACUAAAAGCACUUUUUUAAGUGAGGAUCCAAGACAAAUACGUUUUCCUUUAUCUUCCUCAUGUAGAUUUGAAUGUGACCUUCAUUAUCUGUGCAUUUCAAAGAGGGACUGCCAGAAGAUAAUAUAUUUCAGUUUUAACAAUGCACUACUUACAAAAAAUCUGUGUCAUUUAUGGAAAUAUGAACACAAACAAU